AUGUCUCAAGAUAAAGCCCAUCAAUCCGAAAUUGUGGUUGUGAGCAACAAUAUUUGUCAAUUGAAUGGUUUUAAAGUUGGCGACGACUUCGAAAUUUUUGCACAAUAUUUUAUUGCCAAUGCAGUUGGAGACGACAGAAAAACUGCUGUUCUACUUACUCUGGUGGACGAAAACGUUUAUAAAACGAUUAAAAAUUUAUCUAGAGUGAGUGUCUUCCGUAAACGUAUUAUAUUCAAUAAUUUGAGACAAGGGGAAGAAUCCAUAAGCGAGUGGUUCGUUAAAAUUAAACAACUUGCUGCCCCAUGUAAAUUUGGAAAUUCUGUCAAUGAAAGAGUCAAGGACAAGUUUGUAACCGGCUUGAGAAGUGGUCCUAUUUUAGACAGACUUUGCGAGGAAACUGAAGAUAAGCCCUUACCGGCGUUGUAUGAAAUUGCUGUUGGAAAAGAAGCAGCUUUAAAGGAGACAAGGGUGGUGGAUGUUAACAAAAUGAAGCCAUACCACGAAAGGAAGAAAUCAGUAGUACAUCAAAAGGAGACGAAGGUGUCACCGAAGCACGAAGAUAAGAAGAAUGGUCCGAAGUGUUUUGCAUGUGAUGGUGUAGAUCAUGAUUUCGCUAAGUUUUGCUUGAACGGUAGAUUAUUUAAGAUGGAAGUCGAUACAGGAGCAGGUCUGAGUUGUAUGCCAUUUAAUAUUUAUCUGAAGCAUUUCAACAGUAUUCCGUUGUCGGAAACUCAAGUUAAAUUGAAAACGUAUGAUGGAACGGUUAUUAUUCCUAAGGGUUGUUUGAAUUUGAAGGUAGGUAUUAAGGGUAUUGAACAGAAUUGUAGUUUGAUGGUAGUUGAAAAUGGAAGUAGACUACUAUUGGGAAGAGAUUUAUUGAGAAAAUUUGAUUUAGAUUUAAUUUCAUUGUUUAGAGAUAUCAAUUUACUUGAAAAAAAAGGAAACUUGGUUCAGUUGUUGGAAAGAUUUGAAAAUUUAUUCAAAAAUGAACUUGGUUUUUAUAAUGGUGCUGAGAUCUCAUUGGAGAUUUGUCCAAAUACUAAACCAAUUUUCUGUAAACCAAGGCCAGUACCUUAUGCUUAUAGAGAAAAAGUAAAAGAGGAAUUAUCCAGACUACUAGAAUUAGGUGUGAUCGAAAAAGUGGAUCAUGCUGAGUGGGGUACUCCAUUGGUAAUUGCAUUGAAGCCCAAUAGCAAAGAUAUCCGGUUGUGCGCUAAUUAUAAGGCAACAAUCAACAAAUAUUUAGUUGAUGUGAAUCAUCCAUUACCACUGAUACAGACAAUAUUUGCUGCUUUACAGGGUGGUAAACAAUUCACUAAGUUAGACUACAAAGAUGCUUAUAAUCAAUUGCAAGUGAACGAAAAAACAGGGUUACUUUUAGCAUGGAGCACAGAUUUAGGUAUUUUUAAAUUGAAAAGGUUACCAUUUGGUACCAAACCUGCUUGUGCAAUAUUUCAAUCAAUUUUGGAAAAAGUAUUAAGUGGAAUAUCGGGAGUAGUAGUUUUUAUAGACGAUAUUGUUGUUACAGGUAGAACGAAAGAAGAACAUUUACAAAAUUUAGAACAAGUAUUGAGUAGACUUGAGAAAUUCGGUUUUAUGUUGAAUAAACAAAAGUGUGAAUUCUUUAAAGACAGUAUAACCUAUUUAGGUCAUCAUAUUUCAGUUGAUGGUUUAACGAAAGAUUUUGAUAAAGUUUCAGGAAUUUUGAAAUGUUCUCAACCCAAAAAUGUGACCGAAGUGAAAGCUUUUUGCGGAAUGGUCAACUAUUAUCAUAAGUUCAUUCCAAAUAUUUCAGUUAUUUUGAAACCUAUGUAUGAAUUACGCAAGAAAAAUACUCAAUUUAAAUGGUCGUAUGAGUGUAAUAAAGCAUUUGAGUUAAUAAAAAAAGAAUUAGUAUCCGAUAAAGUUUUAACGCAUUAUUGUUUGGAUAAGCCUUUGAGGUUAUCUUGUGAUGCAUCAUUUUACGGUAUAGGAGCUUGUUUAUCGCAUGUAGAAUCCUAUGGACCUGAAGAUUUUAUUGAAGAAGCUGUUACCGAACAACAAAAUGUUUUUGAGGAUAAUCAGGGGUCCGGUUUCGAAAUGAAGUUAUUGGAUGAUAAUGACAUAGAUGAUCCAAUUUUCGUUUCCGGGACAACAUCAGACAGUGAGUCUUGCUCAAAUGAUUCGUUUGUAGGUGCUUGCGACGUGCGUCCGAGAGACGUAUUCAAUCCAGUUUCUUUAGUUCCUUAUACUGACUCAGAUGAUUCAGAAGAUUAUGGAAGUACUGAGGCGCAAAGAAACGGAUGA